AUGGCGACCGCUGUGAAAGACCUCUACUCGCGCCUUGCGAGCAUCUACACCUCGAUCUCUCCGCCCACGCUCCCGAAGCGGACCGACACGCCUCCUCUCCGCCUCGGCAUUCUGGGCGCGGCCAACAUCGCUCCUCUUGCUGUCAUCGCUCCUGCCCGCACACACCCGGACAUCAUCGUCUCUGCCAUCGCCGCACGCUCCAAGUCGAAAGCCACCGCUUUUGCCAAAAAGCAUUCCAUCCCACACGUCUUCUCCACCUACGACGAACUCAUCAACGAUCCCUCCAUCGAUGUGGUCUACAACCCGCUCCCCAACGGUCUGCACUACGAGUGGACGAUGAAGUGCAUCGCCGCCCGCAAGCAUGUCCUGCUCGAAAAACCAUCCACGUCCAACGAGGCCGACACCAAACGCAUGUUCGACGCUGCGGCAGAAGCAAACGUGUUGGUGCUCGAAGCGUUUCACUACCGCUUCCACCCUGCGCUGCACGAAUUCGCGUUUAGGCUGCACGACUUUAUGUCGCCCCAAAACCCCAUGAUGGCGGUGGAGGCGUGUUUGUUCGCUCCCACCGGCGUGAUUGGCGAAGGGGAUAUCCGGUUUGAUUACACACUCGCCGGGGGUGCGACGAUGGACAUGGGUUGCUAUCCGACCAGCGCGGUGCUGUAUACCAUGCGGGCGGCUGCGGGGUCUUGGCAGCGCGCAAACUGGGAGGAUGGCAUCGAGGUGCGCGAGGCUAGACCCACCGUUUUUGAGCCGAGAAACAAGACGUCCAAGGGACAUUUGAACUCGCAGGGCGACUCAGGGAUCGAUGUGGCCAUGGAAUCAACGAUUCUCGUUCCCACCGCAAGACCCGCUAAGCUGCCCUGCAAGAUCGAGGCUUCCCUGGCAAGAUCCCUGUUUACUCUUCCGGUGGUCGGUUGGCGCGUGCCGAACAUGACCAGGCUCACCCCGACGUUGAAGGCCACCUUCAAGGACGGUAGCACGGUGGAGCUGCAAAACUUUGUCAUGCCGGUAUUGUGGCAUUCGAUCAAGGUGACCUACCGCGGCAAGUCUGCUGCCGCCGCCAACCUCCCCGAAGGGACGGUCAAGACGUACAAGGCGUACGUACCAGGCGACAGCGCGGGGACAGACCAGAUGCGCAGGGCGGCAAAAGACGGUCACUGGCCCAAAGGCACAGGUGAGGUGUGGUGGUCCACCUACCGAUGGCAGCUCGAAGCCUUCGUGCUCGGCGUCGAGGCGGUGCAGGCAGGAACAAAGGCUAGCGAGGUCAGCCCUAUCAACAUGAUCAACGAAGACAGGGACAGGAGCAGCAAGAGGGUCCCCGUGUGGAUGCAGAACGAGGAGAGCAUCAUUGUCAUGAAGACCAUCGAUGCGAUCUAUGAGCGGUCCGGGUUGGGAAAGAGGGUUUCGCCUUCGUCGUAG